ACCCCCACAUUAAAGAGGAACCGAUGGACGAAUCAGGAGGGAGAGCAGCUUCAACAACUUGAGCAGGUUGAUAUCAAGUUCACAUUGACUGCUGUCACUGUGAAGAGUGAAGAAGAUGAAGAGAAUCCUCAGUUGGCACAGCUUCAUCGGAAUCAGACUGAGGAGAACAGAGCGGACUGUGGAGAACAAGAACCAGCCAGGAACUCAGGUCCUGAUGGACAUUUACAACAAGGUACUGAGGACAAGACUGUAGACAGUGAAGAUGAUUGGAUGCAGACCAGGGAACCUCAGUCUGGUUUAAAUACAAAAAAUAACAAACAGUCUCUAAGUGAUAUGAAAUAUAAAACUGGUAAGAAAGCAUUUAGUUGCUCUGAGUGUGGUAAAACAUUUAGCCAAAAGGGCAAUCUAACUAAACAUAUGAGGAUUCAUACAGGAGAGAAAGCAUUUAGUUGCUCCGAGUGUGGUAAAAGAUUUAGCCAAAAGAGCCAUCUAACUAUACAUAUGAGGAUUCAUACAGGAGAUAAACCAUUUAGUUGCUCUGAGUGUGGUAAAAGAUUUAGCCGAAAGUGCAGUCUAACUGAACAUAUGAGUAUUCAUACAGGAGAGAAACCAUUUAGUUGCUCUGAGUGUGGUAAAAGAUUUAGCCGAAAGUGCAGUCUAACUGAACAUAUGAGUAUUCAUACAGGAGAGAAACCAUUUAGUUGCUCUGAGUGUGGUAAAAGAUUUAGACUAAAGUGUAAUCUAACUGAACAUAUGAGUAUUCAUACAGGAGAUAAACCAUUUAGUUGCUCUGAGUGUGGUAAAAGAUUUAGCCGAAAGUGCAGUCUAACUGAACAUAUGAGGAUUCAUACAGGAGAGAAACCGUUUAGUUGCUCCGAGUGUGGUAAAAGAUUUUGCCAAAAGGGCAAUCUAACUGAACAUAUGAGGAUUCAUACAGGAGAGAAACCAUUUAGUUGCUCUGAGUGUGGUAAAAGAUUUCGCCACAAGGGCAAUCUAACUGUACAUAUGAGGAUUCAUAGAGGAAAGAAACCGUUAAGUUGCUCCUAGUGUGGUAAGAUAUUUAGACUAAUAGGGAAUCUAACUGCAUAUGAGUAGUCAUACAGGGGAGAAUGAAUUUACUUGCUCUGUGGUUAAAGAUUUAAGUUGCAUCGUUUGCAACAAAAGAUUUAUUAGGAUUUGUCAGCAACUAUUCAUAUUAUACAUAUUAAUAGUUCACUGUUGUAAAUAGAGAAUUUAGAAUCCCCCCUUUCUCCUGUUUUUAUCAGUUAAACAAUUUUUAUGUCCCUAGAAAAUAUAACUCAUUGACUAACAUGACAGAUUUGUGUUGAUAUUCCCUGUUUCUACUGAUUUGAUUUAUGCAUCAUAUAAUAUAUAUAUAUAUACUAAUUGUAAAUAAUGUCCUCCAUGUCUUUAUGGUUAAAAUGUUUUCCUUGCACAGUAUGUACAUGUAUGUUCUUAACCAGUUCAUAUGAUUAAAUAUGUUUGUUUUAAAUCA